AUGAGACUGAUUAGCCGCCUGCUCCCCCCGGAGGCGCUCCCCUGGGCGGCACUGGCAGGGGGCGCGGUGGCAGCCGCCGCAAUGGCAGCAGCGGGGCUGCGCAACCGUCAAAUGCCCCAAGGCCAGCAGCAGCAGAUGCAUGCCGGGCCUGGUUACAGCAACCACCGCAACCAUAACGCAUGCGACGGCGCCCAGCCGCUGCCGUUUCGCCGGGGUUCCGAAGCCUCGUGCUGCACCACUGCUGCUUCGGGUAUGCAGAGCGGAGUGGGGAGCGGGGGCGGAAGAGGCGGAAGAUGCAGGGGGCAUGGGGUCAGGGUGAACAGUCACGGUAGGAGUGGAAGGCCGGGUGGAGGGGGAGGAGGAGGAGGUACAGGAGAAGAGGCAGUAGCAGCAGCAGCAGGAGGAGAAGGAGCAACAGGAGCUGGUGACGCAGGAGGAGGAAGGAAGAAGAAUGUAAGCCUCGCAUCCCCAGCUGCACGGUCUCCUCGCACCCCCACCGCCACCAGCACCACGGCAAGUGCUCUCGAGCAGGGCUUGAAACGCCUCUCUCUCGCAGCCGCAGAUAAGCAAGCACAAGAGCCCGGAGUCCGAUCCGAAGCAGCUGCUUCUGCCCCUGCUGCUGCGGGCAGUGCCGGCGGCACUGGUGCUGAAGGCGCUGGGGCUGGUAGCGGUGGUAUCGGUGGUGGUGGUGGUAGUGGUGGUGGUUCCAGUGGUGCUGCUGGUGAUGGUGCUAUGGCUGCUCCCAACUCGAGUGAAGAAGAGGAGAAGAUCGAAUCCCCCGCGUCUGUGCUCCGUUCCAGGACCAGUGCCGAGGGAGCGGGACCGUCUAGAGACAAGGCAAAGGCCGAGGGAACGGCGCGGUCUAGGGGUAGGACAGAUAGGCGAGCCCCCCCCUGCGUUGCUCACAGCCCUCACGGCCCUCACAGCACGGCCGGGAGGAGCAAGACGGAUGCGAGCGCUUCUCCCUGCUCGCGGCACUGCAAGCAUGGGACUGAGGGCGGGUGUUGUGCGAGGGCGAAGAGAGAGGGGGGGGACGUGGAGGCGAGUGAAGGGGCGGAGUACGAGGAGGGGUCGCGGGACGAGUGGCACCGGGGAUACCAGUGGCAGCAGCACGUUGGCGACCGAGAAGGAGAGCGUGAACGAGAAGGCGAGUGCGAAAGAGAACAGGAAAGAGGAGGCGCGAAAGCCGCGACUGACAGCUACCCAUCUUAUGCGUACAGCAAUGCCCUUUUCGAAUUGGACAGCUCCCGUGUUGGCGGCUUCCCAGGCUCAGAAACGUUCAGCAAAUCCUCGCCGGGUUCACCCUUCCUUGGCGUAACUCCCGAGGCUUCUCCAGGGUUCACCAUCCCAGGAUCGUCCAUCCCAGGAUCGUCCAUCCCAGGAUCGUCCAUCCCAGGAUCGUCCGUUCCAGGAUCGUCCAUCCCUGGGUCAUCCAUCCCAGCUUCUUCCUUCCCACAGUCGUCGUUCCAGCAAUCGCCUACCCCAAGGCCCACCCCUGGGACUAACGCGUCUCGCCCGCGUUCGUCUGACGGAUCCCUCUGCUCGCACCUCUCCCCGCUGCCCUCCCCUGCCGUCGGUAAGCCGCUAGCGUCCGCAGGCCUGAGCAGCGCGGAACUGGGCUCGCAGCAGCAGCUGAUUCACAGGCCGCUGGGAGCAGCGAGUGCGAGCAGAGCAGAGGUGCUGCGGCUAAGAGGGCAGCUGCGGCGGCGGGACGAGAUGAUAUUCUCGAUGCAGGCGCGCAUGGGGAUGCUGGAGGAGGAGAGGCGGAGGGCGGAGGGGGAGUCUGUGAAUGCUGUUGCGGCUGCUGCGGCGGCGAGGGAGGAAGCAGGGGAAGCGAAAGGGCAGCUGCGGGAGAGGGAGGAGGUGAUCGUCUCUCUGCAGGCUAGGAUGGGGGCGUUGGAGGGGGAGAGGAGGCGGGCGGAGGGGGAGAUUGCGAGGGCUGAGGCAGCAGUGGCGGAGGCAGAAGCGGCAGCAGAAGCAGCAAGAGCGGUGGAACGAGCGAGUGCGGAAGCAGCAUGUGCGGAGCUGCAGAAGCGCGAGGAGGUGAUUGUUUUGUUGCAGGCGAGAUUGGUGAUGCUGGAAGGGGAGAGGCGGAGAUUAGAAGAGGAGGGAUCUGCGAGGGCUUGUGGUGCAGGUGCUGCUGUUGCGAGGGCCGAGGCAGCAGCAGCUGCGGAGCUGCAGAAGCGGGAGGAGAUGAUUGUUUCCCUGCAGGCGAGAUUGGUGAUGCUGGAAGGGGAGAGGCGGCGAGCAGAAGAGCGGGAGACCGCGAGUGCUGCGGCCGCUGCGGCUGUAAGGGGGGAAGCGGGUGCUGCUGAGAUUGAGGCUCUGAAGGGGCGAUUGCAGGAGAGUGAGAGGGAAGUGGAGGAGAGUGGGAAGAGGGCGGAUGAGAGUGAGAGGAGGGCGGAGAAGAGUGAGAGGAGGGUGGGAGAGAGUGUGAGGAGGGCCAUGAUGUGGGAGGAGAGGGCGAAGGAGGCGGUUGCAGCACUGGAAGCGAAGGCCAAGGAACUAGAAUCAGCACAGCAGGCACUGGAUUUAGCACAGCAGGCACUCUCUGCUGCGUUAGAGGAGCUUGCAGUGGUCCGUGCUGCAGCAGCAGCAGCUGAGGCGAGGUCGGAACGUGUAGAGGAGAAGGCGGCACAGGAGGGCACGGGGAAAGAUGGCGCAGCCGUCAUUACUCUCGCUGCAAGUGCUGCUGCUGGUGCUGCUGCUACUGCUGGUGCUGGUGGUGUUGGUGCUGGUGCUGGUGCUGGUGCUGGUGGUGUUGGUGCUGCUUUUGCUGCUGCGACUGCAACUGAAGAUUCUGUGCAGCUUACGGAGCGACAGCUGGAGGACAUCCGAGCCUUGCUGGCGGAUUACCGAACCUUGGAAUCCGCCCUGGCGGAGGCUCGGGAGGAGUGCCGGGCGUUGGCGGCAGCUAAGGAGGAGGGGGAGCGGGCGAUGGCACAGGCUUUAGCAGAGCAUGCGGAGAUGGUGGAGGAGGUGGAAAGAAUGGAAGUGGAGAUUAGGAGAUUAAGGGUAGAGGCGAAGGAGAGAAGUGGAGCAGAUGGUGUAGCAACAGUUCCUGGCCUGUGGAAAAAAGAAGGGGAGGAGGAGACUGGGGGUGAGAUGGUGAGGAUGGAAGGGGAAUUGAAGAGACUGAGGGAAGAGUGUGGGGCGUUGGUGGCUGCGAAGGAGGAGGGCGAGCGGGCGAGGGUGCAGGCACUAGCAGAGCGUACAGAGAUGGCGGAGCAGGUGAAAAGAAUGGAGGCAGAAAUCAAGAGACUGAGGGAACGACACUUGGAGGAAGAGGUAAGGGAGGAGGCGAGGGAGCAGGCGAGGGUGCAGGCAGUGGCAGAGCAUGCAGAGGUGGUGGAGGAGGUGGAAAGAUUGAGGGCGGAUAUUAAGAGACUAGAGGGAGAGGCGAGGGGGAGAAAUGGAGCGGAUGGAGAGGGCACGUCGAUUGUCCCACUGAAUGUGGCAGAGCAUAGAGAGAUGGUGGAAGAGGUGGAAAGAAUGAGGGCCGAAAUGAAGAGGCUUCAGGCUGAAUUGAUUAGAAGAGAAGCUGAAUCGGAUAGUGGAAGCGAACAGCGGAGGGGUGGGCAGGAGGAGCAGAGAAGUGAGGGAACGAUGUUUGUUGUUGUUGGGAGUGGAGGGGAGCAGAUGUGUCGGGGUGGUUUGGACGUGGCAGGUGGGAGGAGGAUAGGGGAGGAGGAGACGGAAGGAAAGCAAGCAAGUAAUGUGAUCGAAGGGGCAGGAGCUGUGGGCAUAGCUGCAAGCGCAGCAGCAGGCACAGCAGCACUGGUGACGAAUCUGGCAGACACUGCUGGUUUCCCUUCACAAGUAGCUGCUGCUACCUUCACGUCAAGGAAUAGCUCUGCAUCAGACACACCCGUUGUUACUGCUGCGGGUGUAGAGGGCGCGUCAGACGUUGCAGCAGCAGCAGUCCUGGCGAAGCUGGUCGCUGCUGCUGAGCAGGCCCUCUUUUUCCAGGGGUUCCACGUGGGCAGCUGCAGCAGCAGUGGUGGUGAAGUGGGGGUUAUGAGUGCAGGCGCUUCUAGUGGUGCUGUGGGCACUGUUGCUACUGGUAGUAUCACUGCUGGUGGUUCUGCUCCUUCCGCUGCGGCUGCUGCUGGGGUUACUGAGGUGGUCCCUGCUGGGGUGGUCCCUGGUGGUGCUGGUGCGUCUUCUCCCUUGCUCAGCCUGCUGUCUCCCCACGAAGUGGGUCUGCUGAGACAGCAUGCCAUGCAGCUGAGGGCGAGGGUAGCACUCAGAGGAGGUGCAAGAAGCGAGGGAGAAGCAGAAGGAACAGGUGCAGGAGGAGAAGCAGGAGGCAUGGGGCAGUGUGGAUCCUGUGUGAGUGGAGAGAUGGGUGGUAGCAGUGAUGCUGCUGUGGGUGCUACAACCGGUGUUGCUGCAGUAACAGCAGCAGCGGAAGCAGCAGAAGCAGCAGCACCAGCCAAAGCAGCAGAAGCAGCAGAAGCAGCAGCAGCGGCAGCGAGGGAGCAGCAAAGCAGCGAGCUGUUCAGAUUCACUGCGGCUAGCAAUGCCAUCAGUUCUGCCCAUCCAGCAACAACAACAACUGGGCCUCAAAGGGACAGGCGCCCUCUUGCUGACCUGUUGUCACCCGGGAGAGAGGGUAGGGUGCUGGGAAGAGGAGGGAUGAGGGGCAGCAGAAGUGACGCCAGGGUUCAUGACCGGCACCACCAGCACCACCACCAGCAUCAGCGACAUUACCACCACCAGCAGCAGCACCAGCACCAGCAGCAGCGGCAGCAGCAGCAGCGUACGAAGCAGGUGAGUGUGAGGGAGAGCAGUGGGCGGUUUGUGCUGGUGCCUGACGUCAACGACCCCAGCAAGAAGCGCUGGCAAUGGGAGAAGACGGACCUGAGAAGCACUGCUGCUGCUGCUGGGGUAGCGGCAGUGAGUGAUGUCGGGGAAAGGAUGCCUGAACAGUGUUCUGCUGUGGUGACACCUGUCCCUGCAGCUGCGGCACCAGCUACUGCAGCAGUGGAUGGCAAUUCACGACUACGAAUUGUAUCCUGCCCCGCUUGCGAAAGUGGCAUGCGAAUGGCGAAAAAUCUCAACUGCAUCUUCUGCGACAUCGCCAGGGGGGUUACUCGGCCGGGUCGUGAGCCGACCACGCUGCUUUACAAGGAUGACUCGUUAGUAGCAUUCCCCGAUAUUAAGCCAGCUGCAUACAAGCACAUCCAGGUGAUCCCCAUCGAGCACAUAGCAACAGUGAACGAUCUCACCCCCAGCGAAGCACAUCGGCAACUGGUGGAGAGCAUGGUGACACUGGGUCAAAAGCUUGUCAGAGAACAUGCACCCGACGCCAAGGAGUACCACUUUGGCUUCCACCGCCCGCCGUUCAACAGUGUCAACCACCUUCACCUGCACUGCUUCGCUCUCCCCUUCCACUCCUGGUUCCACCAGCUGAAUGCACUACAAAGAGCGACUGGCCCCCAACGAGCGGCUGACCACCAGGGGCGGAGGUGGUGGACGGGUCGGGGGAGGGGAGGACAAUGCUGUGUCAUCACCCCUUCCCUCCGUUUUCAUCCCCCAGUGCAUCUCCUCCCUCCCUCUUUCCGCCCUCGCGUCUUUCUCCCUCCCCUCCUGUUUCCAGUGCACUACGAGGGGCGGCUAACCACGGGCGAGGUGUUUGACAGCUCGCGGGAGGACAACGCAGUGUUCACCACACCCCCCUUCCCGCCUCCCCCUCCUCCCGCUCUCCCCCCCCUCUAUCCAGUGCACUACGAGGGGCGGCUAACCACAGGCGAGGUGUUUGACAGCUCGCGGGAGGAUAAUGCUGUCUUCACGUUUGAAGUGGGCAAGGGGAAGGUCAUUCGCGCAUGGGACAUCGGCAUCAAGAGCAUGAAGGUGGGUGAGCUGGCAGAGCUGACGUGUCAAUCAGACUAUGCAUAUGGAGAUGUUGGUUCUCCUCCCGAAAUUCCUCCAGGCGCCACAUUGGUGUUUGAAGUGGAGCUUAUGGCUGUUCGCCCCCCCAGAGGCUCUGUCUCCACGGCUGCUGCUGAGAAGGGCCGAUUAGAUGAGUUGAGAGCAGAGAGGGAGGCAGCAGCAGCGCGGAGGGAGGAGGAGAAGAAGAAGAGGGAGGAUGCCAAAGCAGCUGCGGCUGCUAGGGCGGCUCAACUGACUGCCAAGGUAACGGGGAAAGGAGGAGGAAAGGGAGGCAAGGGGAAGAAGAAAUGA